AUGUCAAGAAAACCAGUUACUGGUUUUUGCAUAAAGUUAGGUGAUUCUUUGAUAUCCUGGAAAUCAAAGAAGCAGAAUACGGUAGCAAGAUCCUCAGCAGAAGCUGAAUAUCGAAGUAUGGCAGUUGUUGCAGCUGAAAUAGAUGCAAAGGGAGUGAAAAACAAGUGCAAAAAUGGCAUGAAAAUUGAAAAGAAAUCUCCUCAAGAGCCUCCAACAGCUUUCGUUCACGUAAGAGCAAGGAGGGGCCAAGCAACCGAAAGUCGCAGUCUAGCAGAAAGGGCAAGAAGAAAGAAGAUCUGUGAGAGGAUGAAGAUACUGCAAUGUCUGGUUCCAGGGUGUGAAAAGGUAACGGGAAAGGCCCUCAUGUUGGAUGAAAUUAUCAACUACGUUCAGUCCUUGCAAAAUCAAGUAGAGUUUCUGUCGAUGAAGCUUGCUUCCGCGAAUUCCAUGUUCUAUGACUUUGGAGUGGACCUGGAAGCUUUAAUGGUGAAACCAGAGAAUGCGGAAACAGAGGGAAAAUACAGUGGCAUCGACGAUAACAAUGAUUUCUACUUGGAGAACUCGGAAAGUCCCGUGAAAAGCCUGAGUCCGGUACAUUCUUUGGAUAAUCGUGUCAAUGACAAUGAAAGGGAAGUUCUUUAUCACGGGAGUAACCGAAGGAGGCCAAUUCGGGCUCGGGUUUUGGAUGGGGUCAAUUUAUCUGGGCCAUCCUAUACCGAAAUAAGGCGGUGCGAGGAAGAUGGAGUUAAAAUAUGGUUGAACAGUUUGGGAUUAGGAAGGUAUGCCCCAGUUUUCAAGAUCCAUGAAGUGGAUGAUGAGAUUUUGCCAUUGUUGACAUUAGAGGAUCUCAUGGAUAUGGGAAUAAAUGCAGUUGGUUCUCGAAGGAAAAUGUUUUGUGCGAUCCAGAAGCUUGGAAAAGGCUUUUCGUGAUGUAUUUUGCUAUGGUUAUAGAGUUUCUGAAAGCAGAGUCUUGUCAGCCAUGGCAAAGUAAGAAGAUUUUUGUAUGUUUACCUUUUUUUUUGUAGUGAAAUGUAGGAGAAUCAGUAGGAUUUUUUUUUGUUAAUGUUGCAACUUUUUUUUUGCAGUGCAUUGUGCUAACUGUUGUUUGU